AUGUCUGCACCUGAAAGCAUGUCGUCUGCAAGUGCAAGCGCAAGUUCCUCCUCAACAGCUGGUAACAUCGAGGCUUUAAAACUUGGUAAACAGCCGCUUCCGAGAGAACUGGAUUGGGAACUUUAUAAGCAACAAGUUCUCGACAAGUUUAUUUCCGAAGCCCAGCUUGGAGAAAACGAGGAGGAUUUGGUUACAGGCCCUUACUCACAAUCCAAAGCCAAAUACAACGAUGUGUUGCAGGAACUACUCGCCAUCCAGUUCACAAUCACAAAAUUAGAAGCCAGACCAGGCACCGCAAGUACGAACUCGAGCAUUAAUGUCCUUGGUGCUCUAUCGGCUUCGGCAUCUUCGGUCGCUUCAGCGGAGGCUAGUUCGUCAAAGAGGCACACACAAGAUACCGUUCUAACUGUGCCUCCCGAAACUCUAGAGGCUGGCCUUGCGGCAAAGCUUCGACAUGAUGAAACCAGUUCGACAGAAUCUAAGGAAGAAGAAAUUGGAUCGGCAGGUUUGGUUCCAGAGGCAAAUGGACUAGAGGAAGAAGGGAAACCAGAAGAAAAGGCAGAGGAGAAGUCAGAGGAGAAUGUAGAGGAAAAUGUAGAGGAAAAUGUGGAGGGGAGCACGGAAGAAAUCCAGAGGCCAGCUUCACGGGCCUCGACCUCUUCUUCCGAUUCAGACGCUUCAUAUCAGGACCCUGACCGCCCAUGGGUUGAUGGACUCAUCCAUGACUACCCCCCUCCGCCUCGUAGGUAUUUGAGUAGGAGGGACAAAAUCAAGAGGGCGCUCUGGAGUGUCCGACUUGCCCCGGGGAAAGCUUCUGCUUCGGUCAGGAAGUCUGUCUUUGGAGAGGAACCUUGGUCCACCUCGCCAUAUUUCCUAUACGAUGAAUACCGGGAUGUCAACGCUAGGGGCUUCAUUGAAAAGUUCAAGUUCGAGCUCCAGCAACCGGACCGUUCGACGGUUGCCGGGAAGGUGUACGCAAGGGCUCGCGAGCCUUACUUCAAGACGCCGGGGUCUACCAAAAGGGAAUGCGUUUCUUGCACCGACAUGUUCCCCGUAACGGAAAUUGUUACUCUGGAUUGCGACCACAGGUAUUGCGAAGAAUGUUUAAACGUCAUGGUCAUGACCGCCUCUCAGCAGGAGAACACAAUGCCUCCCAAGUGCUGUAGUGUUAGGGUCCGACCAAAUGUCAUCAAGCGAGUUCUCAAGACCGACGAGGACAAGGUGAAAUUUUCUCGGAAAAUCAUCGAAUAUGACACCAUUGUCGAGAAGAGAUUGUUCUGCCCAAAGCAGAAGUGCGGUGCCUUCAUCCCGUAUCACCCCCGAAAGGACCAACAUCACCCUCUUGUUGGAACUUGUCAGAAGUGUGGGACAAGGGCUUGCCGUAUUUGUAAAGGGAAAGCCCAUAAGCAUACGGAGGACUGCCCUGAGGAUCUUGGAUUGAAUGCCGUCAUCGGUCUGAGCAAAGAUAAUGGAUGGAAGAGAUGCUAUCGGUGCAGGGCUAUGAUUGAGCUGAACUAUGGCUGUAAUCAUAUGACCUGUCGAUGUGGUGCCGAGUUUUGUUAUAUGUGCGGAAACCCAUGGUCGUUUGAAUACGGCUGUCCAACUGGGUGCACACAGACGGACGAUGAUGAUAUCCAAAACCUCGUUAAUGAAAUCAAUGAAGCGGAGCAGGCCAGGUUGGAAGCGGAGGCUGCUAUUGCUAAUGAUCCGGAAGCCCAGGAGAGACUCCGACAGGAGCAAGAAGCCAAACAACUCGCCGAAGAACAGAUCCUCAGAACUGAAGAAGACUUGCGACUCAAGGCCCUCUUUCGAACUCAAAAAGAGGAACAAGAAACCUUUAACACCUAUUCGGGAACCGUUCUGUUUAAACUUAGACAGCGACACUACGAAGAGAUGACCGAUCUCCAGCUCGCCCAUGUGGGCGAAUUCCUCACCCACAAUAGCGAAUUAGAGGAUCAAACCCUCGAGCUCUCCCAACAAGCUAAGGUGGAAGAAGCGGAGUUCUGCCAGAAGCUCGGGAUGACUCUUGAGCAAGUCAAAGCAAGCGAUGAGCACGAGGGUAAAUUCGUUGCCCUCUGCCGCGGACACCGCGAAAGCAUGCUCCGAAUGAAGGGAAAGUGGGACACUGAACACACUGCUCUCAAAUUCCGCCAUUCGAAAGCCCUAGAUAAGCUCCGUGCAGGUCAGAGACUUGAGGAACGAGUGGUGGAACUCGAGCUUUUAGAAAGAAAGACGGGCUUUAUUACAGAACAGCGUAACGUCCUCGCUCGCAUGAUUGAGUGGAGAAAGAUGGCCACCGGCUUGGACUACGCACCUGUGGAAAGCGUUUAUAAAACAAUCGUAUUUAGCGAUGAAGAUGCAAAGCUCCUGGAAGACGAACUCCUAUCAAUGGAACUUCCAUAA